UACAUUAAAAGAGCUAUGACUGAACAAAAUGCUAGAAAGGUAGUGAAGGUUGUAGUUUUAGGAGAUAUUGGUAGAAGUCCACGGAUGCAAUAUCAUGCGUUAUCUCUCGCCGGUUGUGGAUUUGAUGUGAAUAUGAUUGGUUACGUGGAAACGAAACCUCUUUCAAAUAUCCAAGAGAAUCCUCGAAUUACUGUAACUAAACUUCAUCCUUUAAAAAUAGAAUGGGCACCAAAAUUGUUACAGUAUUUCGCAAAAGCAUUGUGGCAAGCAAUUAGUUUACUAUUAACAUUAUUUAUAACUGGAAAAAGUAGUCAUUUACUGUGUCAGAACCCCCCAGCUGUGCCUACACUACCUAUAUGUAGAUUUUAUUGCUUAGUAACUCAUACAAAAUUUAUAAUAGACUGGCAUAAUUAUGCAUUUUCUAUAAUGGCUCUUUCACUUAGCUGUAACCAUCCUGUCCUAAAAGUAUCAACUUAUAUAGAAAAGUUUUUUGGUCAGUCAUCAGAUAGUAAUUUAUGCGUAACAUAUGCUAUGAAGCAGGAUUUAUUAGAAAAUUUCAAUGUUAUGGCAACAGUUCUUUAUGAUAGACCACCUAAUAUUUUUAAACCUAUAACAGUUCAAGAAAAACAUAAUUGGUUUGUUAAAAUUGGGUCUCAAUAUAAAGAAUUUAUAGCUUCCAAAAUAGAUGCAAGUGAUAUAGCUCGUCAUAGUGAUACAAGGCACACAGCAUUUACCGAGGUAGAGGGAAAUCUAGUUAAAUUAAAAACCAAUCGACCUGGAUUAUUAUUCAGCAGCACUAGUUGGACUGCAGAUGAGGAUUUCAGUAUCCUAAUGGAAGCUUUACAAGUUUAUGAGACAACAUUUGAUCUAGUAAAAAAUUUACCAAAAUUAAUUUGUGUCAUCACUGGCAAGGGGCCUAUGAAAGAAUAUUACAAAGAGCAAAUAUCUUCUCGGAAGUGGCAGCAUGUAACGGUAAUAACACCUUGGCUUGAAGCAUGUGAUUACCCUACCAUGGUAGCAAGUGCAGAUCUUGGGGUUUGUCUUCACACCAGUUCUUCUGGUUUAGAUUUACCCAUGAAAGUAGUGGAUAUGUUUGGUGCUGGGUUGCCUGUUUGUGCAUAUGACUUUAAAUGCCUUGAUGAGCUAGUUCAAAAUGGUGAAAAUGGUUAUACAUUCAGAACUAGCGAUGAACUAUCAAAACAAAUUGUUUCAUGGUUUCAAGAUUUUCCCAAUAAUGAGAAACAAAAUAAAGCAGCAGAUAAAAUGAGAGAAAACUUAAAGAAAUUCCAGGAAUCAAGAUGGGAAGACAAUUGGAAUUUAAGAGCAAAAAAAUUAUUUGAGUGAUAAUAUUAAAUUGGAAUUAUUAAAGUAUAAACCAAUUAUUCUAUUGAAUAAAUAAUAUUUUAUGAUGGAUUA